GACUCAAGCGACUCAGAUGAGAGCGUAUAUUCUGGUUUAGAGGAGGAGGAAUCAUCAAGUGAAGAUGAGAUUGAGGAGCAAGAGCCAACAUCAGAAGAUGGUAGUGAAAGUGAUGAUGCAGAGGACAAAAAGACAAACAACAACAAAGAAAUAGCACUAAGACAGCAGAAAUUAAACAAGAGGAAUGACAAGUUGUCCAGGAGAAAGGGAACAAAACAGGCAAAGGCCAAUAUAAAUGAAGCUGGUCCCAGUGUGGAAAAAGUCCCAGAUGAAUAUGAUUUUGACUCUUCAGAUGAGGAGGAUGUACGCAACACUAUAGGGAACAUCCCAGUGGAGUGGUACAAUGAAUACCCCCAUAUAGGCUACAACAUAGAGGGACAGAAGCUGAUUAAACCCAAGAAGAAAGAUGAAAUAGAUGAAGUCUUAAGCAGGGCUGAUGACCCAAACUAUUGGCGAACUGUAAAGGAUAAACUAACUGGCCAGGAUGUGACUCUAACAGAAGAGGACAUUGCCACUAUAAAGAAGGUUAAAGGUCAAGGUUAUCCUACUGGAGUUGGUGAUCCAUAUGAGCCUUGGGUAGACUUCUUCACAUAUGAAAAGAUGAUACAUCCUGUAACAAACAGACCGGAACACAAACGCAGCUUUGUUCCAUCAAGAUGGGAGAAACUAAAGGUUGGUAGGCUGGUCCAUGCUAUGAAGAUGGGUUGGAUCAAACCCAGACCCCCAAAGACAGAUGAUGAUGAGCAGCCAAAUUAUUACAAUCUAUGGAGUAAUGAAGACCAGUCUGAGAUUAGCAAACGGUUCCAGCAUCAUAUUCCUGCACCUAAGUUGGCACUACCAGGACAUGCUGAGUCAUACAACCCUCCACCUGAGUAUCUAUUUACAGAAGAAGAGGAACUUGCAUGGAAGGAAAAGGAACCAGAAGACAGAAGGCAGAAUUUCAUUCCACAAAAGUUUAGUUGUUUACGUCAUGUUCCCGCCUACUCUAGGUUUAUCAAUGAGAGGUUCGAGAGAUGUCUGGAUCUCUACCUGUGCCCAAGACAGAGAAAAAUGAGGAUGAAUGUUGACCUUGAAGAUUUACUACCAAAAUUACCAAAACCAAAAGACCUUCAGCCUUUCCCUACUGUGCAAGCCAUAUUGUAUGAAGGCCACACUGGAUUAGUGAGGUGCAUAUCAGUUGAUAACACAGGCCAGUGGCUAGCCUCAGGAUGUGAUGACAAGAGUAUCAAGAUCUGGGAGGUGUCCACGGGGCGAUGUAUGAAAACAUACAAAACUGAACAUAUUGUGAAGAGUAUAGCAUGGAAUCCCAAUGGUUCCUUCUGCCUCCUAGCUGCUGUUUUGGAAAAGUCAGUUAUCCUGCUUAAUCCACAUGUAGGAGAUAAACUAAUCUCAACCAAUACAGAUAACAUGUUAGCAGCAUUCAGGCCUGAUGAUACAACAACAAGCAAGAAGUCAUCUGUUAGUUGGAGUGCAUAUGAAGAUGAGCAGUUUGAUAUUGGAUUCAGACUACAGGUGACGCAUCAGAAGGAGUGUAGUCAGGUGACGUGGCAUGGUAAAGGGGACUACUUUUCCACUGUUGUUCCACAGGGAGAUUCACAAUCUGUAUUCAUACACCAGCUGUCUAGACGCAGAUCACAGAUUCCAUUCAGCAAAUCUAAAGGACUGGUACAGUGUGUGACCUUCCAUCCCACAAAACCUUUCUUUUAUGUUGCAACACAAAGAUAUAUCCGUGUAUACAACCUGGUGAAACAAGAGCUAUUGAAGAAGUUGUUUUCCAACUGUAAAUGGGUCUCUAGUCUUGCUAUACAUCCUGGAGGUGAUAACCUACUGAUAGGAAGCUAUGACUGCAAGCUAAGUUGGUUCGACCUUGACCUGUCUAGUAAACCAUACCAAACACUCAGGCAUCACAAGAAGGCAAUACGACAGGUACGCUUCCACAGGACAUACCCAUUGUUUGCCUCAGCUGCUGAUGAUGGUUCCAUCAUUGUCUGCCAUGGUAUGGUCUACAGUGAUAUGCUACAAAACCCGCUAAUAGUUCCUGUGAAGAUUCUACGUGGACAUUCACUCACAAAUAAUCUUGGAGUAUUAGACUGUACUUUCCA